AUGGACUUUGUGCGGGAGUGGAGGGUUUUCGAUUACAUUACCUGCAUCUUCUUCGGCAUCGUCGCGGCGGCCGUCGGCACGCUUGUCCAGCCACACUGCCGCUCAUUCGUCUUCAGCGACACCAGCAUCAACAGGCCCGAAAAAGAUCCCGAGACGUUCCCCACUUAUUCAGUCAUCAUCGCCGUGGUUCUUGUCGUUUUCAUUUACGCUGCGGGGGAGUUUUUUACCUGGCGGGGGCAUGGGCGGCGUGUGAUGCUGCGGCACCUGAAUGCGUGGAUCCUUGUGCAGGCGUUCAGCGUUUGCCUUGAGUUCUGUGUGGUGAACCUCUGCAAGCUGUACGCUGGGAGGCUGCGACCGGAUUUCAUUCACCGCUUGGCCAAGGAAGGCAUCACGGAAAACAACUUUGGUCAAUUCACGCACGAGCAGGUCUGUCGUGCGGCCCGCGAGGGAAGAUUGUCAUUUCCGUCGGGCCACACUGGGUCGUCUUUCGCCGGGUUUGUCCCACCGGUGCUAUAUUUGCUUGGCCUGACGCGAACUCUUCGCACGGGCGCACUCUACACCGCAGGGGUCUCUCUGCUUCCCCUCGCCUUCCCUCUUGUCACCUCCAUCUCCCGCACCCGCGACAAUGACCACCACUUCGCCGAUAUUGUGGCAGGGGCAGUGAUUGGCACAUUCAGUGCUCUGUUUUCAGUGCUUAUAUCCUUUGUGGUGAGUCCUGAGGGAAAAUGGAUGAUAAGAAGUGAAUCGUUCACAGUUUCCUACGAUAGGCGUUCCUCGAGGUUGCCGGGCGAGAAUCCAAUUGAGGACAGUGAAGCGAUGGUUCCAUGCGCCGUGAAUGUUGUCGAAAGCGCGCGGGAGGAGAAUUGA